GCUCGCUGUGACCUGACACCAAACAGCUGCGGCUACACUUUUGAUGUAAUCGCACUGGCCCAAAAACUUACACCGCUUUAUCGAUCUCCACAGGUUGCGAUUUUUUUUUUUUUUUUUUUUUUUUUCACGCUGCGCCAUUUUCGCUCCGGUAAUGGACACCGAUUAUUCGCCCGGUUUGGAAAAUCCGCUGUACAACGAGCUGAAGUACUUCUGCAGGAGGAUCCAGGAGGCCUACAAAGAGCUGAAAGAGGACCUGACUCCUUACAGAGAUGAACGCUUUUACAGAUUAGCCCCCAUGAGGCUCUACACUCUGUCAAAAAGGCAUUUUGUCUUGGUCUUCGUGACAUUUUUGAUCUGCUUCGGCCUCACAGUCUUCAUAGGAAUUGCAGGGCCUAAAAUUAUUGCUAAGCAAGAGCACAGUGGUGAUCAGGUACUUGUCAAAAAUGCCUCACUCAAGACCGGACCCUUCUGCCUUUUUUCUCCUCCCCUCACAACCUACAACCAGCAGCUCUGGCUCACCUGUGUCAUGCAGGUUGAACACAGCAGCGUGGCCGGUUUCCAGCAGCAGUUUGAAAUGAGCGUGGAUUUAAAAGGAGUGCUGCAGGACGCCAGCAUAAGGAAAACGGACAAUGUGCACAAGAAAUCACGAAUGCUGCAUUGCCAGGCUGUGUCCAUCAGUAACAGCAGAGAAUGUGAUGAGAUCAUUGUGCUUCAUCUGGGCUACCUGAACUACACCCAGUACCAGGUGGAGAUAAGCUUCAGAAACCUUGAAAACGCCACAUAUGACAUCAAGUUCAAAUUUGUAUGGAAAAUGUACAAUUCAACCUUCUCACAAGUGGAAAUCUGGUUCCGGUUUGUUUUUGUGGUAUUGACCUUCAUGGUUACGUGUAUGUUUGCUCAUUCGCUGAGGAAGUUUUCAAUGAGGGACUGGGGCAUAGAACAGAAGUGGAUGUCUGUCAUGUUGCCCUUGCUCCUGCUCUAUAAUGAUCCAUUUUUCCCGCUGUCGUUCCUGGUGAACAGCUGGUUUUCGGGGUUGUUAGACACUUUCUUUCAGGCGACCUUUCUCUGUGCCCUGCUGCUCUUCUGGCUCUGCGUCUACCAUGGCAUCAGAGUUCAGGGUGAGAGGAAAUUCCUGACAUUCUACCUGCCAAAGCUGGUCAUCGUGGGUCUUCUGUGGCUCUCAGCGGUUACACUGGGAAUGUGGCAAACGGUCAAUGAACUCCAAGACCCUACCUACCAAUACAAGGUGGAUAUCGAAAACUUUGAGGGCAUGAAGGUGUUCUUCCUGAUUGUGGUCGCUGUCUACAUCCUCUACUUGAUCUUCCUGGUCGUCAGAGCUUGUUCUGAACUGAAGAACAUGCCUUACUCCGAUCUUCGGCUGAAAUUUUUGACCGCCCUGACAUUUGUGGUCCUCAUUAUAAGCAUGCUCAUUCUAUACCUGAGGUUUGGUGCCAAGGCUCUCCAAGAAAACUUUGUGGCUGCAUUGUCUACUCAUUAUCAAAACUCAGCUGAAUUUUUAUCAUUCUACGGCCUCCUAAACUUCUACUUGUACACGUUGGCAUUUGUGUACUCCCCCUCUAAAAAUGCCCUUUAUGACUCCCAGUUGAAGGAUAAUCCUGCAUUCUCUAUGCUAAAUGACUCUGAUGAUGAGGUGAUCUAUGGGAGUGAUUAUGAAGAAAUGCCUUUACAAAAUGGCCGUCCCAUCAAAGCAACCAGCAAGUACCAGGAUGAGAGUGACAGUGACUGAUGGGAGCUCUGAGCGAUGCUGUUCCUGUUGUAUGAGAGUAAAUUAUGGCAAACCUCAAAGUGUACCUGUAAAUAUGGAAUAUGUGCAUUGGCAAUACAAAAUAAUAUACUGUAUUUGUACAUAAAUAUAUUUUUUA